UUUCAUCAUUAACCUCAGAAAAACAGAGUAAUGGAAAGUAUGCUCCAUUGACUAACCAAAUAACAGAACAUAAAACCACACUGAAGACACUCCAUAGUUUCAUAACAUUGUUCAAUAUAUCUCCUGACCACAAUUCUUUCAAGCUUCAAUGAAGAUUUUAAGAAUUAAGAAGGAAAUACUUCAUAGAAAAUAAAUAUUCUACCUACUACAUAAGUGGUAUCUCGAGCUGACAAUUCAAUUCUACAUGAACAUAACAUUAAAGAAGAUACAAGUUAGUACCUUUGAUUUUCUGUAUACCUGAGAUAUAUCUGUAAGUGAUCUACCCAAGCAGUACUAAAUAAAUAAUGGUCAUCCAUGCAAACUUAAGCACUUUGCUUCUCCAAAGCAUAAUUUAAACAUACUGACAGAAACAGAAUUGCUAGUGAAUUUUCACUAACCCGUGUGCCUCUAAUCCAUGUAUUUGUACAUUGCCUUUCCAAUAGUUUUAAUGUAGCAUGAACCAGCUGUAGUAACACAGCUGUAGUAGUGGAAUCCAUCCUGUUCUUCCACCUCCAACAGAAAACCAAAACAAUAGCUUCCAUAAAGACCCUAAUCACCAGCUCUAGCGCCUGGUGCCCCAAAGUCUGUUCUACGUGAGGGUAAGGAUUACUCACAAAUAACUCAGCCUACAGUUUUACAUCUUGCUUUAGCCAGAUAUUUACGGGUAGAACUUUUCUUGAAAUUGACAGAACCAACUGCAAUCAGCAAAAUCAGCAAUUUUUUUUUCCUCCCCUGUAGGAAACCAAAAAUAAUUAUUGCUCUUAAGCACUCUGACAACACUAAUAAGAAUCUCUAGCAAGGGACCAGGUCCCGACAGCAGUUGGUGCUAUGCAAUCAUGGAUAAAAAGCUCAAUCAUAGUUCUUAAACGUAUAUACUAAUACAUUUGUAUAUAUUUUGUAUAAUCUAAUAUACGUUGAAUGCAUAUUUUCUACAGUCUUUAUUUGCUUACCAAAUAAAAGCUUUGAGUAACCAAUCAUACUGCAAACAUCCAUCAGCUUGGCUUCAUGGGCUUGGCUUUAUUCAUCACCCACCACAUUCCUAACAGAGCCAUGGGGAAGGACUUGGGAAAGUAACCAGCAUCUACAAGCAGCAUUGAAUCAUAGAAUCAUUAGGGUUGGAAAAGACCUCCAAGAUCACCGGCUCCAACCAUCCAUCCUACUCUCAAUGUCACCCACUAAACCAUGUCCCUAAGCACCAAGUCCAACUUUUAUUGAAGAUACUGUAGCAAAGGAAAAUGUCCUUGAAAUAUCUCUGAAGAAAGUAAGUUCUCUUGAUUAGUCUUCGUUAUAUCAUUAUUCUAUCAUGAGCGUUCUGAAUGGGAAAACAAGACUCUUAGUUUCAUCCCCACCAGCCUAGCUGUGCAGCUCUGACUGGCGGACUACACGUACCUGGGCAUUUUUGUCAUUCUCCACGGAAUUUUAUGGCGUCCCCCCGAUACAUUUUAAUACAGCUUAACCUCCACUGAAUGAAACUGGCGAGAUUUAGAGGAGGCAGCCAAUCGAGGGGCAGGCCCUGUGGCAGUCGCGUAGGGGCGGCAGCUGCUGAGCCCCCUGAGGUGAGCCUCCCAGCUCCCGCCGGCCAAGUUUCUCAGCGACCCCACGGCGCUGUCGGCCACGUUUCUUUCCGGCGAAAUGCCUCCUGUUAUCCCGCCCAGGGCCGGGGAGGAACAAGCUCAAGCACUCCCGGGGCGGGACGGGGAGGUCUCCUCAGCGCCGGGGCCGCUGUGAGGGGCGAAGCCCGGGGCCCUGCCUCGGCCGCCGUGCGGGAGGCGGACUUCGGUCCGCGGCCGCUCCGGGGGUUUUCGACACCGCCCCGGGCCAGCCGAGCGCCUUCCCCCGACGGGCAAAGGGCACCUUGCUGCGGGAGAGCCCAGCCCGCCCCGCUCCCCUGCCCGGCCUCCCCCGGCGCUUCCCAGGGACCGUGCCCGGGCGUGCGAGACAAAACACCCAGUUCUGGAGGAAAUACUGUAGGAACGAUGUUCUUAGUAAAGAUGUUCUACUUAAUCAAAGGAGUUAAAUGUUACAGCCCUGUGAGUCAGAUGCACAAAGUAACAGGAGCUCUGUUUAAAGCACACGUGUUAAGGAACACGUUGGGCAACAACGAAUCAUUCAGAAUCUCACGUGCAUUGUCUCAGCUUAGUUCUGAAAAGGCAAACUCUUAUAAUUAUGUCAUUGUUGGAGCUGGAUCAGCCGGGUGUGUAUUAGCCAACAGGUUGACUGAAGACCCUCUCAGUACUGUACUACUUUUGGAAGCAGGCCCUAAAGAUACCCUUCUAGGUAGUAAGAGGCUGAUGUGGAAGAUUCAUAUGCCUGCUGCAUUAACUUACAACCUCUGUGAUGAGAAAUAUAACUGGUAUUACCACACAACUUCACAGAAACAUAUGGAUAAUCGGAUUAUGUACUGGCCCCGAGGAAGAGUGUGGGGUGGUUCCUCUUCUCUCAAUGCAAUGGUGUAUAUUCGUGGGCAUGCUGAAGAUUAUAAUCGAUGGAGCAGAGAAGGGGCUGUAGGAUGGGACUAUGAACAUUGCUUGCCCUAUUUUAAGAAGGCACAAAUGCAUGAACUGGGACCAGAUCAGUAUAGAGGUGGAAAAGGACCUCUGCAUGUGUCAAGAGGGAAAACAAACCAUCCUCUUCAUCACGCAUUCCUGGAGGCAACUCAGCAAGCUGGGUAUCCCUUCACAGAUGAUAUGAAUGGCUAUCAGCAAGAAGGAUUUGGCUGGAUGGACAUGACUGUACACAAAGGUCAAAGAUGGAGCGCAGCUAGUGCUUACCUUCACCCAGCCAUAUCCCGCCCAAAUUUGUCAAUCACAGAGAAGACACUUGUAACAAAAAUCUUGUUUCAAGGAACAAAAUCCAUUGGUGUUGAGUAUUUGAAAAAUGGUCAAAUGAAAAAGGCUUUUGCCAGUAAAGAAGUUAUUUUAAGUGGAGGUGCCAUAAAUUCUCCACAGCUGCUUAUGUUGUCUGGGAUUGGCAAUGCAGAUGAUCUAAAAAAACUGGGGAUCCCUGUUGUUUGCCACCUUCCUGGAGUAGGCCAGAAUCUUCAAGAUCACUUAGAAGUGUACGUCCAGCAAAAGUGCACCAAACCUAUCACUCUGUAUAGUGCACAAAAGCCGGUUAGCAUGGCAAGGAUUGGUCUAGAAUGGCUUUGGAAGUUCACAGGUGAUGGAGCCACUGCCCACUUAGAAUCUGGUGGGUUUAUUCGAAGUGAGCCAGGAGUUCCUCACCCUGACAUUCAGUUCCACUUUCUUCCUUCUCAGGUGAUUGAUCAUGGUCGCGUUGCUUCCACAAUGGAAGCUUACCAGGUCCACGUGGGCCCCAUGAGGAGCACAAGUGUGGGCUGGCUGAAGCUGAAAAGUACAGACCCAAAGGCCCAUCCAAUCAUUGAGCCUAACUACAUGUCCACAGAAAGAGAUAUUUGGGAAUUCCGCCAGUGCAUCAAGCUGACCAGGGAGAUCUUUGCUCAGAAAGCUUUUGAAAAAUUUCGUGGGCCUGAAAUUCAACCAGGAAACCAUGUUCAGUCUGACAAAGAAAUAGAUGCUUUCAUAAGACAGAAGGCUGAUAGCGCUUAUCAUCCUUCCUGCACCUGUAAAAUGGGUCAGCUUUCAGAUAGCACUGCUGUAGUUGAUCCCCAAACAAAAGUAAUUGGUGUUGAAAAUUUGAGAGUAGUAGAUGCCUCAAUAAUGCCCAGUAUUGUCAGUGGGAAUUUGAAUGCCCCAACUAUUAUGAUAGCAGAGAAAGCUGCAGACAUAAUUAAGGGGCUUCCGUCACUUCAGGAGAAAAAUGCUCCUGUAUAUAAGCCCAAGACCUUAGAAACACAACGAUAAACAAUGUUGCCAUACUUUCAUACUUUUGCCACUUAGUCUUUCAGUCUUUCAUCAACAUGUUGGUAUGUCACACUGGACAUGCCAACCAAAUAAAAGCUAUGCAAAACAACAUAUUAUAUUAAAGUAGCCAUUAAUUUGAUCCAUUCUCUUAUAGAAGAUUAUCUAAUCAGUUUUUUAAUCAGUUGGCUCAAGUUUCAUUUUAAAUAGGAGGAGAUUAAUGUGUGCUAUUUUGAAAACCUUUAUGAUAUGCCUUGUUAUUUAAAGGAAGAAUUUUAACUGUUUUGAGAGCA